CAGAUAUGACUUUUGAGUUUCUGGGAGUUUACUGGAAAAAUGGGUUAUUACCAGUAAUGCUGUCUUUCUAUUGAAUUGCUGGCCAUAUGGAGCACUAUAAACUCCCAUUCUUUCGAAGUUACCCAACUUCAAGAAAAUCCCUUUCAAUUUUCAGUCUAGAUCUCAUAGAAUUUUUUAUGACACAUGUCUAAUAUUUUUUCCAGAGGACUCAUUCAGGAAUGUCUGAAAAAUUUUGAUUACCAUCCUGCAGUGGCUCAAGGGACCAUAUGAGUGUGCAACAUGUGAUCUACUUUUAUUCUGUAAUUUCCUCAUUUAAAAAAGAUUGGUGAUCUGUACAGUAUCUUGUCUCUUAUCUGUACUUGUUGCUGGGCAAGCCAAGUUUAAAGUGAUGGAGUCAGAUUGUUUUAAUUUAGAGGAUUGCUAUUUUCGUCCCUUCAAGUAUGUUUGUGAAGCAGCAUAUCCAAAUUGUUUGUAUUACCCUACUGGUGAACAAGCAUUGCAGUUCAUCUUUUGCACUGGAAUCAAGAGGUGCAAUGGGAGAUUGGAAAAAUGUUGCCCUAUUGUUGAGUUCUUCAAUGUUUUUUGUGUCUUUUAAAAUACUAAAUCUUAGUCCUUCAAACAGUUAAAUCAUUCAGCAGAGAUACAGUUAGCAUAGAGAUUUACAAAGAUAAAGCUCUGUGGAAGUCAGGUGUGUUCACUUGGAGCUUGAAGAUCGUAAUAGUCACCUUACAGAGUUUUAAAAUUUACUACAUGUAGCAUCCAUUUAAGAUUCACUUAGCCCAUCAGGUUAGAUUUCUUGAGACAUUAAUAGACCUCGGUUGAUCAGUAUAUGAAAAGGUCAGAAAAUCUGGUUUUCAACCCAUGAAAUUUCCAAUUAGAAUUUCUCAGGCAGCUUGCUCAAGAAUUCUGUGAUUCAGCUUGUACGGGUAAAAUCUUUACAGUCCUGUUUCUAGGACAGAGGUGUACAUACGUUCACAUGCAAUCUAUCAGAAAGAGAAGGCUUCACUAGUCACUAUGCAUUUUUCUUUGAGGAUUCAGUCUGCUGUGUGUGGUGGGAGCUGGCUGGGAUGGGCUGUAAGGGACUGUGUUUCUUUUAAUGGCAGUGAGCAUGAGGCGUGCCUGUGGUUCUUGCAUUUUGCAUUGCAGAGGAUAGGUGGGUCAAUGCAAAUUAUCGCCAAGUUUCAUUGCUGUUUUAUUAGUUGCUCAAAAUUGCUCUCUGAGGCCAUGAUUUACUAGUGAUGCCCAGGUCCAGAGGUGCCCAUCUCUUGAGUGCUGGACUGGCUGUACCCAACAGCCCAUCCCUGACAGAAAGGAAGGAAAGCAGCAGCUGGGGCCAGGGCAUCCCCUCUUCCUUUCCUGGCUCCUGUCCCACAGCUACUCUGUGUGCAGUUGUUGUUCUUACCCAGUGGUGAAGAUGGGCAGAAACACUGCAUACUCCUCCAGGAACUUGCUGUGAUCUUUGCUAGUCCUCCAUCAUAAAUUUCUACCUUUGUUUUUCCCAAACCUUCAAUUUAAGCAUUCUCCUAGCCAGACUAGCAAUAGGCCAGAGUCCGAUUAUUCCUGAUCAUAUAUUAUCACGUACUUGGUCUCCUUCUUUCCCACCACCAGGUGAGUCACCUGCGGCCUCCUGUCAGUUUCUUCAGGCUCUUUUGAUGUUUUGAUCUUUUCUCUCUGCCCAUCCUCACAGAACUCAUAGUUUCCUGGAUGUCAUGCAAAGACAGAAGACCAGGGGUCAGAGCAAGGGAAAGCAGUCCAGUACAGGGACAAAGAAAGUGAUGGGCAGUGAAGUUCGCUCAAAAAGAUUGCAGAAAUCUUGUGGAGAAGGUUGUGUUGCUGCUUUAUCUCGUGUUAUGGUCAGUAAGCAUGGAUUUGUACGUUUGGUCAGCCUGAAAAUGUGUUUAAACACGCUUUUGUUAUGGAGGUGUGUUCAUGGGGAUUUGUAGAAGUUGUCAAAGGAAAAAUGGACAGUCAAGAUCCAGCUGCAGGUUAAGACACUUGAAUGUCUAAACACAAUAUGAUUAAACACUCCUCUACAUGUGUCCAAUAUGGUUACGGUCAAAUAAAAUACCAUGUGAAUUCAGUCAAUCCUGAGGAUGAAUUCAGCCCAAGCAGUCACCAAGUAGCUGGUCAGCUCAAUAGCUGUAGGCUCUUAUCUUUCACCAGGACAUUUUCUGGAAAAUUCCUUCGCUAGGAUUUUUCUCCUGAGAAGCUGAGAAGCCUCAGAAAAGAAAUGUAAACAAUAAUUAUCUGAUUGCUUGGAAUGUGUUCUGGAGGUGGCUUACCAACAGCCUUUUUUAGAUCUACCUUACCAGUUCUGCCACUGCUCCUUGUUCUGUCUCCAGUGAAUGCAUCUACUUGUGCAAUGGGAAAUAAAACAACAGAAAUCCGUGUGAAGUAUGAGAAUGUACUAAGUCACGACAUCAAUGAGCUGGUAAAUAUGUCUGCAGAGAAUUAUGACUGGUGCUGCAAGAAGAAAAAAUAUGAAAAUAUCAAAGUGUUUUUCUGCAAUGAUACUGAGGAAAUAGAAUCACUACAGAGCAUGGCGUGCAACAUGCUCAGGUUCUUUUAUAAGCAGAGGAUCAACAAAGCCUUUAGACAGAAAGCAGCAUUUGUCUCAUGUGGGACAUUACAAGUUCUACAGUGUAAAUGUGAAAGACGUAAAAAAGAAAAGGUUUGCUCAGAUGUAUUUAGUUUAGAAGAUACAGAGACAGGUGAACAGUCCAAAAAGAAAUGUAACCAAGAAGUUUGUGAACUGAAAGAAAAUAUAUCUAGCCUUCGAUCCUGCUGGAAUAAAUUUGAAAAAAUAAUUUCCAGGUGAUUCCAGGUGCAUCCUGCUCUUUUCUUUCAAAGUGGCAUUACUUGGUACCUUUGCAUUUUAUAUGCAUUCUUCAAGUAAACUUGCUCGCUUAUAUGAACACUUUAUGCUAGCAUUCUGAUGGGAGGCUACUGUACCUUGUUCCUGGAGAUGACAGAAACAGAAAUGGCUGAACCAAGCUGCUGAAGUCCGAGAAGUGGAAAUAGAAGACCAGCAUUUGAAAAAAAGAACUCUGCAGAAGUCUGUGUCCACCUUUUGUGCUCUGGAAACUAUCCUGAAUUUUCCGAUUCUUCGAGUAACUUUAUAGUACUGUCAUAUGAAAGCAGCCACUUACAUGUCUACUGGAUUUUACAAAAAAAUCAUGGAAUCUGCAGGUGAAGAAAAAAAGAGUAUGAAAAAAUAGCUGGUUUCUUUAUAUCUAUGCAAAACACACCAAGGACCAAAAGUAACAAUUUACCAAAGCAGCAGAUUAUCUUGGAUAUGUUCUCCUGACACAGAAGUGGUUUUGGUGUGGGUCCGAUGAGUCUGCUAACUGAUUUGGGUUUGGAAAAACAGGGAAAAAGUUAGCUUUUUGAAAAACUGAAGAAGGGUACUGAGGUACUGAUUUUUGAGAGAUGCAGCAUGCCUCUGCUGGCUGAAGCACAGGCAAGACUGAAUCCUGUGGAAGAAGAAAAAGAUGCCUGAAUGUAAGUUGUUCAGUUGACUGGAAACAGCACUACACUCAUUCAUUUUAUCAACCCAGUGUUAGCUGCAGGAGGAGCUAGAAUUCCUUAGCUUCAGAUUGUGAUUUCUUAUAUGCAAAUAUUUUAUGUAACAUGUUUUAAGAUGUUAGGCAAACAUGACUUAAAAUAUGUGAAUAUUGUCAGAGAAUAAUAUAUUGGCAUUUAAGUAAUAAAGUGCUCAUAUUUUAUUUUGAAUAAAUAGAAGUAUUUUUAUAGUUAUUACACUUUUGCAGUUUCUUACUUUGAUAUAACUCCUUUGGUAAUAAAAUAUUUGUCUUCUAUGAAA